AUGGCAACUCUUAUGCCUCCAACCUACAACCUAAACAAAGAAGGGCGUAACACUAAGGUGGAUCAAAAUCUAUAUCUAGGUAUGAUUGGUUCUUUGCUUUACCUCACAACUUCUAGGCCUGUUAUUUUGUACAGUGUUUGCUUCUGUAUAAGAUUUCAUUCAAAUCUUAGAGAGGCUCUCUUAAUUGUUGUUAAGAAAAUCUUUAGGUAUCUGAAAGGAACAAAAAAUCUAGGACUUCUUUAUAAAAAAUCCAUAGAUUAUAAGUUAUUUGGAUUCUAUGAUGUUGACUAUGUUAGGGAUAAAAUUGAAAGAAAAUCCACUAGUAGAAACUGUCAAUUCAUUGGUAAAAACCUAAUAUCAUGGGCUAGUAAAAGACAACCAACUAUUUCUUUGUCUAUAGCACAAGCAGAACACUUCUCAGAUGCUAAAUGUUCUACACAACUUCUCUGGAUGAAAUAUCAGCUAGAGGAUUAUCAAAUUUGUGGAAGCAGUAUACCUAUUUUCCGUUAUAAUACUGCUACUAUUUGUUUAACAAAGAUUCCAGUUCAACAUUCUAAAACCAACCAUAUUUAA